UUCACCUCCCUGGGUUGAAUGGGAUAGGAAGCACCCAAACCAUUGCUGCAUGUUCCCAAAUCCUCUUGGCACUCUUUGAAUUCUGCAGAAAUUUCUCAGUCUUAGGGUCAAGAAGCCUUGGUAUGAACUUAGAGAACAAGGAACAAAUUCCUAGAUUUCCCCCAGUCCCAUCCUAGCUCCUCCCCUAUGGAGUAAUUUCUGAUUCCUGCACAGGAAGGGUCACACCUGGGCCUUAGGCAGGGGCGGGGACUCAGGUUCAGUUCCUACCAGUGAGAAAAGGACCAGGAAGGGAAAGGCCCCUUCUUACUCCAGUGCACAGAAAAACAAAACUACUCCCUACUUACCAGCUGCUGGGAGCCAUGGCUGCAGAGACCCUGGCAGCAAAUCUGCAAGAUGAACUUUCCUGUUCCAUCUGUCUGGAUCUUUUCAAAGACCCAGUGUCUAUCCAUUGUGGGCACAAUUUUUGCAGAGCCUGCAUUGUCCAGUGCUGGGAGGGAUCAGGCACCAUCUUCUUUUGCCCUCAGUGCAGAGAAGCUGCCCCAAAAACAAACUUCAGGCCCAACCGGGAGCUGGCAAGAGUGGCAGAAAUUGCCAAACAGCUGAGUUCCCAGCCAGCAAAAGGAGCAGGAGGUGGGGAGGCACUGUGUACAAAACACGGGGAACCCCUGAAACUCUUCUGUGAGGAGGAUCAAGCUCCAAUCUGCGUGGUGUGCGAUCGAUCCAAGACUCACCGAGCUCACAAUGUGGUUCCUAUUGAGGAGGCUGCGCAGGAGUACAUGGAACAAGUGCAGGACCGACUGCAGACUCUGAAGGAAGAGAGAGAGAAACUCCUGCGGAUUCAAACAUCAACAGAAGGGAAGUUCUGGAGGUACCUGGAGAAGAUAGAAACUCAGAAGAAGAGAAUUGCAUCCAAAUUUGAGGCUUUUCACAAGUUUCUGCAGGAACAAGAGCAGUUCCUACUGGCCCAACUAACAGAGCUGGACAAGGAGCUUCAGAAACUGCAGAAAGAAAAUGUCACCAAACUCUCCAAGGAGAUUUCCUAUCUCAAUAACCUGAUCAAGGAGGUGGAGCAGAAAUGCCAGCACCCAGCAAGUGAAUUUCUGCAGGACAUCAGAAACACCUUGAGCAGGUGUGAGAAGGGGAAAAUUCAGCAGCCAGUGGAAGUUUCUCCUGAAUUCGAACGCAGACUCCAGAAACUCUCUCAGAGAGAGGUGGUUGGAAACAAGGCUCUGAGAAUCAUGCAAGAUGUUUUGAUGAACAAGCAGCAGAAAGCAGUGAAAGUGACUCUUAAUCCAGACACUGCUCACUCUCACCUCGUCAUUUCUGAAGAUCGGAAAAACGUGAGAUGGGCAGUCGCGCGGCAUCAUCUGCCUGACACCCCCCAGAGAUUCGACUCUGUGCCCUGCGUGCUGGGCCAUGAAGGAUUUGCCACUGGGAGACAUUACUGGGAGGUGGAGGUGGGGGAGGGAAGUAUCUGGGCUUUGGGGGUUGCCAGAGAGUCUUUGAGGAGGAAGGGUUGGAUCAGUCUUAACCCUGAUGAUGGAAUCUGGGCCGUGCAGAGAUCGCUGGAUCAGCUCAGGGCUCUCACUGCCCCUGAUUCAACCCUCCUGUCCCUGCGCUGCAUCCCCAAGAGGAUCCGGGUGUAUCUCAACAGUGAAGAGGGGCAGGUGGCAUUUUUUGAUGCUGAUACCAAGGCCUGGAUCUUCUCUUUUCCCCCUGCCUCAUUCACUGGGGAGAGAAUGCUCCCCUGGUUCUGGGUUGGGGGAUCCUGGCUCAGACUCCACCCCUGAGCGAUCAACUGUCUUCAGUGCCCAGGUAAUGAGAUUUUUGUAUUUUCUGUCCUUUCCAUCUGUGACUUGGGAGAGCCUCUGUCCAUCAUCAGAUUUCUUAUCUAAUCUGUGGUUCCCUGCUCUAUCACCCUGGAGGCUAAAUUCUUGCAAUGGCUCCUCACCAUUACAUCAUAAAGAGCAGGCAAGAUAUUCAGAAUUGCCUCGCGUGGUCUUGGGCGUGCUUGUUUUCCAUCCCCUCUGUGGUCCUGGAAGGCUGCAGUUCUGCUGAGCCCAAUGAGGAGACUUUGGGAGAAGAGAAUAUUUGGGAAGCAGGGGCAGAGAUGGAGGGUGCAGAGCAAUAGAGAAAAGCUAUGGAACAGAAGAAAUGAGCAGUAGGGCAGUCUGUCGUGAUUCUUGGAAAUGAUGACGUGAAAGUACAAUUUAGCAUAAUUUUUGAGUUCGUCAUUUGAUCCUGAAUGGUGCAACUGUGUCCAUGCUUUAAACAUGGAUCUUUAGCUCAACUUACGCUACUUUAUUCAUUUUUUUUUUUUUUUAAGAGUCCUCCCAUGUUUUUGUGGGAGCCUCAGUUUAUGGUUAUUAAAGUAUGAAGUUUUAUAAUCGAGUUUGAGUACUCUGCA